ACAGACGCGGUAGCGCGGUGUCACGUUAGUGCCAAGUAUAUCUGCGAAAGAUGCUAUAUACUAUACUAUGUAUCUUUUCUGACGCGAAAUGACCUUUUGGACUUUAUGAUCAGAAUUAUUGUUCUGCAGAAGUUUUGGCGGAGACGAUGUCGCGGCUAGCUGCGCAAGAAUACAUCUAGUCAAGAUAACACUCGAUUGUGUACGAAUGCUCUGAUAUUAAAACGUUAAGUGUACUUCGCGUUAUACACCGUGUCAGUCGACACUAUUACAUCGAGUGCCCAUUGUAGCUGUGAUAUCGUCGUGAAAAAUCCAAACUAGAGAUGUGUACCUUACUGAACUCAACGAAGAAAUCAAAGACAGUAAAUUAGUGAAGUAAAGCGCGACGCAAACGAAUUCAUCAUGGAAAACAUUUGGAGUGACAGUACCGUUGGAGAGCGAAAGGAUCUUGCCCCUAUAAUAGAGGAAGAGGAUAAAGGUCAAGCAAAAGGUUCACAGUCGGAUUCGUCGGACGCAGCCUCGACUAUUAAGCGCUGGAACAGUCGAUGGACGCCUUCGGAGGGUUACGAUUCGUCGGGAACGUCGUCGAAUUCUGAAGAAGGUGACGAAUACAUCGAGGAUUAUCCGCGAGGUAUCGGCGUGGGCUUGUCGGAACCGCUGAUUACAUGCCGGACAGCUUACCAGUCGCAGGAAUGUCUGUGUCAGGCUUGCUUGCUUGGCUAUGCUAAGAUGAUAGCACUUCAAGGGAGUAUGCCUAAUAUUUGUGCGUCCACCGAUAUGUCUAAUACCUGUCCGACAUCCGUUCAUCUGAGAAGUUUCCCAUCCCUCUGCGUCAUGCCGUGUACAAGCGAGCUCACGCAUCAAACUGUGAAGGAACACGCAAAAGGCCUCGGUUACUAUCCGCAUGUUUGUCAUGCGCAGCAGAAUCUGAUGUUUAUGAAGGAGCGUCAGAUACAUGCGGGUAAUAGGACAAACAGUACAACGUCUUUGCCUGUAACCUCGAUGGGUAGAUGUGGCGGUUCUCUAGAUAGAAGACGUCGCAGACUGCGCAGCAGAGUGGAUCGCGAUCAGAGGACUAUGUCUCAUAAUGAUUUGAUCUGCCACGAAAAGGACAAACCGCAUCACUACUGUUCGUUGCAACAGUUCCACUGCGGAAGCAAUAUGUGCAUGAAUAAUUGUCAUAGUAAAAUCGAGGAACGACUGAGAAAGUUGGAGAGUGAGCGCGGAGCAUUGCACAUGGAGGUGUCAGUCUUGUCGGAACAGGUUGACGCUCAGUCAAGUAAAAUUCAAGAAUUGGAGAGCAUGUUGCAAGACAAGAAAGACUCUCUGAGGCAGAUGGAAGAAGUGUUGCAAAAAGAGAUUCUGUCGAGGAGCGCCUUAGAAACGCAAAAGUUGGAACUACUCACCUCUUUAUCUGAAAUGAAACUUAGGCAAGCUAGUUUGGAGCAUGAGAAUCUAGCGCUACGCAGUGCAAGUCCCUUAUCAAAUGGUGAAAGGUUCAGCAGACAUACCGGUCAAUAUAGCAGUCUUCCUAGGCCACCAACAUUCAAAAAAGGUGUUGUAUUUGGUAAGGUUCCAAAUUUAGUCUCGGGAGCACAUACAACGGUACCCUUGGCUGUUAGGGGAGUCUCUGCGAGAUGUCUGUCCGCUCCCAUUUUAGCGGAAGAAGAGAAAACCAUGAUCGGUGAAGCGAGUGCGCAAGUGGAACCGCCGUCACCGAAACCACUCGCGGAACUUACCAUUGAAGAGAUCAACGAUUGGUUAGCUUGCCUCGGUUUGGAAUGCUACGCUGCCGAGUUGAGACGAUGGGGUGCCACCGGACUGAAAUUACUGGACGCUACGCAGGUUCAAUUGGAAAAAGAGUUGGAUAUAAAGAACGCUCUGCAUAGAAAGAAAUUGCUUUACGCUAUAGAAUCGGAAAGAAGCAGCGGGACGGGGUUUCUUGGUUCUCACAAGAUGGACAGUGCAGCUGUGCUACGGUGGCUGGAUGAUAUCGGAUUACCUCAACACAAGGAAGCCUUUCAUAACGCGAAAGUUGACGGUAGAGUUUUGCACAGACUGACUACGGAGGACCUUUUGAAUCUCGGAGUGACCGCGCAGUUACAUGCUGCCAGUUUAAGACGUGGGAUUCAGGUACUUUAUAUACUUAUACAGGUUUUACGGGACUUAAAUUUCGAGUUUGACAAUCUGGAGAGAAGAUCUGUGAACGGGAAUGGAGCCGAUGGUACUAAUGUGACUCUCUGGACGAAUCAUCGUGUGAUGGAAUGGCUGCGAGUGGUGGAUCUUGCGGAAUACGCACCGAAUAUGCGUGGAUCCGGUGUUCAUGGCGGUCUAAUGAUUCACGAGGGCCGAUUCACUUCCGAAUUACUCGCCACAUUACUCAGUAUUCCACCGGCAAAGACUUUGCUUCGUAGGCACUUGACAACUCAUUUCAAUCAAAUCCUAGGCAGAGAAGUGGUUCAGCAUAAAAGGGAAAUAGAGAGCACACUCGGCUUUGUUCCAUUGACGCUUACCGCUAGACUGAAGGUACCAAAGAAAUCUCAAUUCACUUUGAAACGUAAAAAAAGCAAAAGCGAAAUGGAUUUUGGCAAUUUGGUUUGCCCGUUGGAGGCCUCACCACCAGGUACCCCAUCAACACCUUCGUCAACACCGGGCAGCCCUAACUUAAACUCACCCACAUUCUAACCACAAUUAAAGCUUCAUUCAAAUAAUCAUCUAAACUAACUUACUUGGAGGAUACUGGGCAAAGGAAAGUUAUAGGUUGCAUAUGAGCGGAUGAACUACGAAUUGAUUUAUUCACGACGAUAAAAUAUAUAUCGAUGGAUAUUUAUAUAUUUGUAUUCAAAGCGAUGGCACGCACGCGUGUGCAAAGAAAUGUCAGAGAAUCUCCUGGGACCAGUUAUCCAUAUUGUAAAUUAGAUAGUCACUGUCAAAAUGCGCACUUAGAAAUAAGCUGCUUAUUCGAGAACUAAUUUCAAUAUCGCCAAAGUCUCAUUAACAUCAUAGACUAAAAGAUUUGGAAUUAAUCAUUUUAGAGAGGAUAAAUAUUUUUAUUACAACUUACUUUAAUCAUAAA